AUCCGCCAUAUUGUUAUUUUGUUUGCGGAAAGCCGCUUCGGCUCGUGCAGCGUAAUUUUCUCUGUCCCGUUUUCCGGACGAUUUGUGAAAUCUAGUGCUGGAAUUCCUUGCUAAAAGACGGCCGGAAGUCUUUUCGCGUCGAAUAUCGUUGGAUGCGCCGGUUGAAUCGCAAUCAAAAUGUCAAAUAUUGUGUUGGAUAAGGAUUCGUUCUAUCGGCGAAUAAAACGCCUCUACGGAAACUGGAAGGAUCCGGAAUUUUCGCACGAUGAUGCCCUCCAGAAAGUGGAUUGCAUCCUUACGGCGGUGGGAGUCGACGAGGAGACGAUCUACAGCAAAUCGACCUCGCUGCAGACUUGGCUUUUGGGGUACGAGCUGACUGACACGAUUACGGUCCUGUGCGAAAAUUCAAUUUUUUUCUUGACCAGCAAGAAGAAGAUUGACUUCCUGAAGCAGAUUGAGAAAGACGCGGAAGAGGGUGUUCCGACCGUAAAGUUGCUGGUGCGAGAUAAGACCGACAAGGAUAAGGCUAACUUCGAGAAGCUCCUGGAGGCAAUCAAGGGUUCCAAGAAUGGAAAAACUCUGGGGGUCUUCAGCAAGGACAACUUUCCGGGUGAAUUUUGCGAAUCCUGGCGAGCGUUUCUCAAGGACAAAGGAUUCGAAUCGGUGGACCUUAGCGUAUCGAUUGGGUACAUUAUGUGCUCCAAGGAGGAUUCGGAAGUCAUCACAAUUAAGAAGGCCUGUCUGGUGACGGUGGAUGUGUUCAACAAGUACCUCAAGGAUCACAUCAUGGAGAUCAUCGAUGCUGAUAAGAAAGUGAAACACGCCAAACUCUCGGAGGGCGUCGAACAGGCCCUCACGGACAAAAAGUACGUCACCGGCGUCGAUACAAACCAACUGGACAUGUGCUAUCCGGCCAUUAUCCAGUCGGGAGGCAACUACAGUUUGAAAUUUAGCGCCUUCAGCGACAAGAAUUAUCUGCACUUUGGUUCGAUCAUCUGUGCCCUGGGAGCGCGGUACAAAUCCUACUGCUCGAACAUCGUUCGGACAUUGCUGGUCAAUCCGACGGAAACGAUUCAGAAGCAUUACACCUUCCUGCUAAACCUGGAGGAAGAGCUACUAAAGGUGAUGGUGCCGGGGAAAAAGCUAUCGGAUGUUUUCGACGUUGGUAUGGACUACGCCAAGAAAGAGGAACCCAAAUUGGUGGAUAAGUUGACCAAGACGUUCGGGUUCGCCAUCGGGUUGGAGUUCCGGGAGAAUUCCAUGAUCAUCGGACCAAAGUGUGCGGCCGUGCUGAAAAAAGGAAUGGUGUUCAGCGUGAAUGUGGGUUUGUCCGGUUUGGAAAACAAGGAAGCCUCCGACAAGGAGUCUAAGGUUUAUGCUCUGUUCGUCGGAGAUACGGUGCUGGUCAACGAUGAACCUCCGGCGAGCGUGUUGACUCAGUCCAAGAAGAAGAUCAAAAAUGUUGGCAUAUUUUUGAAGGAUGAUGAAGAGGAAGACGAAGAAGAAGAAGAAGAGAAGACCGAUAAACGCUCGGAGAUAUUGGGUCGCAGUGGCAAACGGUCAACUGUGCUGGAAAGCAAGCUACGUAACGAACAAAACUCCGAAGAAAAGCGCAAGCAACAUCAAAAAGAAUUGGCAAUUGCUCUCAAUGAGAAGGCAAAGGAACGUUUGGCAAAACAGGGUGGAGGCAAGGAAACGGAGAAAAUCAGGAAGUCAACCGUUUCCUACAAGGGUGUGAACCAGAUGCCACGAGAGCCAGAAAUUAAGGAGCUGAAAUUAUUUGUUGAUCGCAAAUACGAAACCGUUAUAAUGCCAAUCUUUGGAGUUCCUGUUCCGUUCCACAUUUCUACCAUCAAAAAUAUUUCACAGUCGGUAGAAGGUGACUACACGUACUUGCGUAUCAAUUUCUUCCACCCGGGAGCCACGAUGGGCCGUAACGAGGGUGGAAUGUAUCCUAAUCCGGAUGCUACUUUUGUAAAAGAAGUCACGUAUCGCUCGACCAAUACAAAGGAACCCGGUGAGAUUGCUGCUCCGUCAUCUAAUCUCAACACCGCAUUCCGCUUGAUUAAGGAAGUGCAAAAGCGGUUCAAAACACGCGAAGCCGAAGAACGCGAGAAGGAAGAUUUGGUAAAGCAGGACACGCUAGUCCUCUCGCAGAACAAGGGUAACCCGAAGCUCAAGGAUUUGUACAUUCGACCGAAUAUUGUCAGCAAGCGUAUGACCGGUUCGUUGGAGGCACAUUCCAACGGGUUCCGCUACACGUCCGUCCGCGGUGACAAGGUUGACAUUCUGUACAACAACAUCAAGAGCUCGUUCUUCCAACCGUGCGACGGCGAAAUGAUCAUCCUGCUGCACUUCCAUUUAAGGCAUGCCAUUCUGUUCGGCAAGAAGAAGCACCUGGACGUUCAGUUCUACACCGAAGUCGGUGAGAUCACGACCGAUCUUGGCAAGCACCAGCACAUGCACGAUCGUGACGAUUUGGCGGCGGAACAGGCCGAGCGUGAACUGCGCCACAAGCUGAAGACGGCGUUCAAGAGCUUCUGCGAAAAGGUGGAAGCCAUGACCAAACAGCAGAUCGAAUUCGACACCCCCUUCCGGGAUCUCGGUUUCCCGGGCGCUCCGUUCCGUAGCACAGUAUUACUUCAGCCGACGUCCGGCUCGUUGGUAAAUCUCACCGAGUGGCCGCCAUUCGUUAUUCCGCUGGAGGACGUCGAACUGGUGCACUUCGAGCGUGUCCAGUUCCAUCUGCGAAACUUCGAUAUGGUGUUUGUGUUUAAGAACUACGGUCAAAAAAUUGCGAUGGUGAACGCCGUACCAAUGAACAUGCUCGAUCACGUCAAAGAGUGGCUGAAUUCGUGUGACAUCCGUUACUCCGAGGGUAUCCAAUCGCUGAACUGGGCCAAGAUUAUGAAAACCAUCACGGACGAUCCGGAAGGCUUCUUCGAAAACGGUGGCUGGACUUUCCUGGAUCCAGAAUCGGACGGAGAAGGAGAAGCGAACGAUGACACCGAAGACGAGGAGGAUGACGCAUACGAACCCACCGACGACGACGAUGAGGAUGAAUCCGACUCGGAAGAUUAUUCGGAGGCAUCCGAGGAUGACGACAGUGCUAGCGAUGAAGAUUUGGGUUCGGAUGAAGAAUCUGGUAAGGAUUGGUCCGAUCUGGAACGGGAGGCAGCCGAAGAGGAUCGUAACCGCGACAAGGAUGAUUUCGUAGAUGAUCGGCAGUCAUCCAAGAAGCGGUCCCACCAUAGCUCAUCUAAGAGUAGCAGUCGGGAUAAAAACCACAAGGACAGACACAGCGACAAGCAUAAGGAUAAGCACCGCAGCAGCAGCAGCAGUAAGCACAACAGCAGUGACAAACACAAGAGCAGUAGCAGCAGCAGUAGUCAUAAGCGGUCGCGCGACGAAAGCAGGGACAGCUCAAACCACCACAAGAGCAAAAAGUCCAAGAAGUAAAACAAUAAAUUGAUCGAAUUUGCCGAAAUCGGCAGUUGGUGGAUGAUUCGUUACGGUGCGGCGAGUACCUCGGCGAAUGCAUGUUUGGUGAAGCGCUGCCAAGCCCUUUUAAAAUUCUCUUUUGACCUCUGGUUUAUUUCAAGCUGACCCCUGAGAUGGGCGGUGAGAUUCAGAGAAUUUAGCCGCCCAUCAUUCUACUUAUAGACUCUCAAGUUUUCUUUUCCGUAUGAUACGCUUUUCGCUCCUAGGGUGGAAGGGCACAUGCAUUGUUAUGGCCCUUUGUUAACACACUUUUAAGAACUCUGUGUAGUUGUUUCCCUAAAUUUGGUUAGAAACUUGUAUGUUAAGUUCAUUAAGUGUACGUUUAUGAAGAAUAGACUAACAGAACAAAUACAUUCGAAUCAGUUGGUACAAUA